CCUCCAAGGUGUAGCUGCCGUGUUCAAAUCCUCUUCUUCUCCAUAUUUCCUUCAAAAAAACAAAAACAAUCUUCUUAUUUAUAGUCUCAGUCCAAAAUUUUCGUCUCCCAACAACAGAGCCUUAUCACAUCUUACAUAUUACAACUUCAGGCUACAGCAAGAAAAAUAUCCAACACUACUAUGGAAGUUGUCGAGGACAUUGUGAUUGUUGGAGCUGGUAUUGCUGGCUUGGCAACAUCCUUGGGCCUUCACCGGUUGGGAAUCCGAAGCCUGGUAUUGGAGUCAUCAGAGAGUUUGAGAAUCACAGGGUUUGCAUUUACAGCAUGGACCAAUGCUUGGAAGGCAAUGGAUGCCUUGGGCAUCGCUGAUUUUCUUCGCCAACGCCAUGACCGCUUGCACGGGUUAAUUGUUACCUCUAUAGUUACUGGACUUGCCACUUCAGAAUUGUCAUUUGUGGCCCAAGAGGGACAGGGAGAGCAUGAAGUUCGGUGUUCUCAAAGGAAGUUGUUGUCGGAAACUCUUGCAAAGGAACUACCAAGUGGUACCAUCAGGUACUCUUCCAAGGUGGUGUCCUUUGAGGAUUCUGGUCAUUUCAAGUUGGUUCAUCUUGCUGAUGGAACCAUCCUCAAAACCAAGGUGUUGAUUGGAUGUGAUGGAGUGAACUCGGUGGUGGCAACAUGGUUAGGGUUCAGCAAGCCGGCGUUCGUGGGCCGGUCAACCAUUAGGGGUUUUGCAGAAUUUGAGAGCAGUCAUGGCUUUGGUACCAAGUUCUGGCAGUAUGCUGGGAAUGGUGUUAGAGCAGGGUUCAUCCCCUGUGAUGAUCACACUGUUUAUUGGUUUUUCAACUACACUGCCUCUCCUCAAGAUAAAGAGAUGGAGGGUGAUCCAUUGAAAAUGAAGCAGUUUGUAUUGAGCAAGCUCGGAGAAGUACCUGAUAGAGUCAAGGCUGUCAUAGAGAUCACUCCAUUAGAGAGUAUCAUAGCUGCUCCAUUAAGGUUCAGACAUCCAAGGGAACUGCUAUGGGGAAACAUCAGCAAAGGCAAUGUCUGUGUAGCCGGAGACGCGCUUCACCCCAUGACACCGGACAUUGGCCAAGGUGGUUGUGCAGCCCUAGAAGACGGUGUCGUCUUGGCGAGGUGUUUGGCUGAAGCUUUAAGAAAAGAACCAAGUGGUGAAACACAAGAGAAAGAGGAAGAAAAUGAAUAUAAGAGGAUUAAGAAGGGGUUGGAGAAGUAUGCUAGAGAGAGAAGAUGGAGAAGCUUUGAUCUCAUUAGUACAGCUUAUAUGGUGGGCUUCAUACAGCAAAGUAAUGGGAAAGUGAUGAGCUUUUUGAGAGAGAAAUUUUUGGCUGGAUUCAUGUCUGGGUUGCUCCUGAAAAGGGCUGCUUUUGAUUGUGGGAAGCUCAAUUUUUCUUGACAAAUCUCAGAUUUAAUGUUACUAGUGACCUUGUGUGGUUUUUGAGUUUAGUAGUUUGUAGUUAAGUAACUAUCUUGAUUUUGUGGAUUUUCUUUUGAGACAUUACUUGGAAUAAUGGAACCAGCUUUGUAGGUAGUGAGAUUCCUC